AUGAAGGCCCAACACCUAUUACUAUGCUUAGUAGCGGCACCCAUCUUCAGUGUUUGCGCAUCACCUAUGGAAGUCAUAGAAUUGGAACACCAUCACCAAAGUGAAAUGAUGAGUAGUGUCAAAAAAUCAAAUAUUCGAAAACUGCAGGCUGCAGCAGCAAGGCAGGCCUGUGAAGAAGACAAGUUGAUAAACGAAGAGAAUUUAAAUGCCACCGGUUUGCAGUGUAGAUGCGAAGCAGUAGAUGGAGGUAUUACGUUGAUUUGCGUUGAUGCGUGUGCGUAUUGCAAUCCGACGGAGACUGUAUGUGGAAUCAACUCGGCACAAGCAUUCUACGAUAACGAAAUGGGGACGCGGACCGCCAUUGGUGGUGUUUUCAAGUAUGAAAAGGGACUGAAUGACAUGGUUGCCGUGGAGAACGUUGGGUGUAUGGAAGACGACAAUGGAAGAAUAGUAUCAUGUGAAACAUGUAAUGUGUACGCCAACAACCACAAGUGCAACUCUUGCGAGUUUCAGAGUUGUUCAGAUGGUCGAAUAGAAGAAAUGAUUGAUUGUUCCAACAUCGAAGCAGGAGCUGUCUUUGAUUUCUGUGGUAAUGUGACUGUCACUUCAGGUAUCUUUCAGACCUUUUCGGACAACCAAUUCGAUGAGUGCCUUCCGCUCUCAAUAUUGAUCAAUACCGAGCCCACGCCACAUCCUACACCAGCUCCCCAACAUCUACCGCCACCGCCUUAUUACUACGCAUAUCCAUACCCAAGCAGCUCAAAAAGCAGCAAGAAAGGAAAGGGUGGCGUCUAUUCCAAAUCAGCCAAGAAAACGAAAUCGAGACGGUUGGACGGCUGA